UGUAUUUAAUGUCUUAAUAUAUGCCUUUCACCAUGUUAAGGAAGUUUCUUGCAUCAAAUUAUCUGUGUAUUCAGGGAUGAAGUUUUUAAAGAUGAGACAGACAGCAGCCAUGGAAGCUUAGCUGCUUUUAAGCCUAACAUUCAGGAGUUGGAGAUGCUUCUAGAGGCUUACUUUGUGCAGAUUGAUGGCACUCUAAACAAAUUAUCCCAUUUGAAAGAGUAUGUGGACGAUACAGAAGAUUACAUCAACAUCAUGCUAGAUGAGAAAGAGAAUCAGCUGCUACAGACGGGAGUCAUGCUCACCACCGCAACUGUUGUAGUCACUGCUGGCAUUGUGGUUGUGAGCAUAUUUGGUAUGAAUAUAGGUAUUUCGCUAUUUGAUGUUCCAACUUUUUCCCAAUUCUGGGAGACCACUUUUGGCACCAUAGGCGGCUGUAUCGUCCUAUAUGUUUUAGCCAUUGGAUUGGGCAUGAGAAGUGGACUGCUGCAAUGAUCACAAUUCUGAGUUAUAAGCAUAUAGAGCUGACAUGGAAGGUGCUUUACAC